AUGGCUAACCCGUCCAGUGCUAUCCCGCAGAAGGUGGGAUUUCCCCAAGCGUUCAGUAGCACGCCUUACCAACAUGCAUCUCAGUUCCCACAAUAUGCACAGCCAACAUCCUCCGUCCAACCUCAAAUUGGUGUUACAAGAGGAAAUCCAUUCCAACCUUUUCCUGGAGUUCAACAAUUCCCGAGCGUCCCGAAUAUGCCACAUCAUGCGCCGACAAUUAAUGGUCUGCCACAGGAUGGGAAUUUCGCCGCUGCCCAAGUCCAAAAUGGAGUGAAUGGUCCUUCCUCAGCUUUUAAACCAUAUACACCUUCAUCCGUUCCUCCAUUUCCGGGAAGACCUUCACCAUUUCCACCUGCUCCACAGAAAUCUGGUCAACAUAUACCCUAUCAGCAAACAACUUCGGCCACGCCUAGCCACAGCUCUCAGAAUCCAUCACCUUUUCCAGCUCAACCUGUUCUACCACCAGUUCAACCAGCGACUUCAGCCGCUCCCAUCAACCACACCAGCCUUCCAAAUCCAUCACCUUUUCCAGUUCAAUCUAUUCCACCAUCAUUUCCACCGGUUCCUCCUAUUCCGACAAGGAUGGACAAUCCAAGUGCAUUUUAUGCCGCCCAGUCACCUGCUUUGUCAGCAAUGCCACCUAGCAUAAACCAAGUGCAACAAGGUUUCAGUCAAAUGAAUAUGAGUGGUGGAAGGGUAAUGCCUACGCAACCAACUUGGGGAGGAGCGUAUCCUAAUGACUCCCGAGCGGCGGCAGCGCCUGGAUAUUCCUCAGAUUUGGUUGAUUUAAUGGCGGAAAGGAACAUUCUUCAACUGGGAUUUGAUGACAUUGAAUACACUCUCCCCCACAACAUGGCAAAUAACGCGGCCCGUGUGGAUCCAAGCGUGUUCCGAUGUACAUUGACUAUGGUUCCUCAAACUGAGGAGCUACUGAAGAAAAGUCGACUGCCUCUUGGCCUCACUUUGCACCCUUUUCGAGAUAUGAAGAAUCUAAACAUCAUCCAAACAUCGACGAUCGUUCGAUGCCGGUAUUGUCGGACAUAUAUAAACCCUUACGUGUAUUUACCUGAUUCGCGUCACUGGAAGUGCAAUUUGUGUAACAGAAAUAAUGAUUUACCAGAUGAUUUCUGCUGGGAUCCAAAUACAAAGUCGUUUGGAGAUCCUGUCAAUCGGCCUGAAAUUAAACAUCCUACUGUCGAAUUCAUUGCACCGAAUGAGUACAUGUUACGACCGCCACAACCUGCAGUUUACGUUUUUGUGUUGGAUGUCAGUGCUGCAGCUGUUGAAUCAGGCUAUUUGUUUGCAUUCUCUGAGCAGCUUCUUAUCAACCUCGAUCAGUUGCCUGGAGAUGAAAGAACUCAGAUUGCAUUUGUUGCUGUGGACUCAAUGGUACAUUUCUACCAGUUCAGUUCUGGAUCUCGUUCUUUGCCCAAAGAACUGGUCGUUGAUGAAGUCGACGAUAUGUUUCUCCCAACACAUCACGGUAUUCUAGUCCCACUCAAGAAAAAUAUAGACGCUGUGCGCUCCUUUGUUGAAAAACUUCCUGUUCUUUUCGAAAGGACGAAUUCUUCUUCCAACUGCCUUGGAUGUGCUCUGAAAAUUGUCCAUGAAUUGAUAGCUGAAAUAGGAGGACGUAUCACAGUGCUCCAAGCAACGCUUCCAAACACUGGUCCCGCUUCACUAAAGCCUAGAGAGGAUCCUAACCAAAGGGCCGAUAAUGAUGUUCAAAAUCUUGUUCCUGCGACAGACUUCUACAAAACUCUUGCCCUUGAAUGCACCGGUCAUCAAAUAGCACUGGAUUUGUUCUUGUUGAACACGCAGUAUGCUGAUCUUUCCACGUUAUCUGAAAUUGCUAAAUUCUCGACUGGUUGCGUUUAUCAUUUUCCCAAUUAUCAUUGCCUCAACGAUAUUAUACAGGUGAAGCGUUUCGAGAAGAUAUUUGCGAGAUACCUUACCAGGAAGAUAGGUUUCGAGGCUGUGCUGCGUAUUCGCUGUUCUAGAGGGCUCAGUUUGUCUACUUUUUACGGAAAUUUCUUCGUGAGAUCUACCGAUCUUCUAGCGCUUGCGAAUGUAAAUCCAGAUUCUGCAAUUGCUGUUCAGGUAGCACUGGAAGAAAAACUGUCAACAUCUGUAUGUUUCCAAGCAGCUCUUCUCUAUACCUCAAGCAAAGGGGACCGAAGAAUUCGUGUUCAUACUAUAUGCCUGCCUACCACUGCAGACCUUGCGCAGGUUUACAACAAUUUUGACCUCAAAGCAACAGUUUCGCUUAUUGCAAAAAUUGGUGUCGAUCGAUCGCUGACCGGAUCUGCUCUCUCGGAUAGCAGAGAAGCUAUCGUAAAUGCCGUAGUGGAUUCCUUAGGGGCUUAUCAAAAAGCAAUGCGACAGGGACGCGCUGGAGGAUUAUUAGCUCCCCGCCACGGGCAUCUGCGGCUCUUCCCUCUCUAUGCUCUCGCUAUGCUUAAACAUACUUCCUUCUGCGCUGGGCGUAGUAUAAAACUGGAUGAUCGCGUUGCUGCUAUGCUUGUGCUUCGAUUUUGCCCUUUGGAGCAGAUUCUAUCGGAGUUCUAUCCACAGAUGUACAGAAUCAAUGAAAUCUUGCAGAUGGAAGAGGGCAAGUGGCCGGCAGCAUUGCCUCUAUCAUUCGAGUAUAUAAGCAGAGACGGACUCUACCUUAUUGAAGCUGGGUCGGCACUUUAUCUUUAUGUGUCUUCGAAUUGCGGCGUUCAGUUAGUUCAAGAUCUCUUUGGAUGCGCCUAUGAGCAGAUAGAUGAGCAUUCGUUCCGAUGUUACGACAAUCCGUUUUCUGAGAAAGUGCACGCAUUCGUUCGGCACGUUACCGCUUUGAAGUUUUAUGUAGGACCAGUUAUUAUCGUGAAAGAGGAAUCGCCAAUACGGGAAGUUGUAGUGAGACGUUUAGUAGAUGAUCGUAGCGAGUCUACACAUUCUUAUUUAUCCCUCGCCCUGCAAUCAAUCACUUUCAAAGUCCAGUUUUGUGCGAAUUCCGCAAGUAGGGAUCUGGUACAAGUCUGGUUGUUUGUUCGGAGUACGGAUUAUUGA